UAAAAAAUAAUACAUAGACUGUGCUACUAAAGUGCUAUCAGAAUUUAGGUUUUUAGUACUUUCGACUAGAAGAACCUUAUUAUAUAAACUGUAAAUUAUACAGUUGGAAACGUUUUAAGUGAAAAAGUGCGAUCGCAAGUAAAAUUUUGACAAUCAAUCAUUCACGUUGCCGAUUCGCAUUCGAGGAAAAACGCGGUCGUUGUUUUGAAAAAGCUUCGCAACUAAGAUUCGCUUGUUUUAAAAGUUAUAUUUCAUAACUAAGAAAACAUCACAGUCGUGAGUGGUACCAAAUUAAUAAGAUUAAAAUGGCAGACUGGGAAGAUGAUUGGGAUAAUAAUGAACCGGGUGUAACACCGGCACCGUCAGCACCCGCGCCUCAAACUCGGCAAUAUCGUGGAAGAACUUUUCGCGGCAGAGGAUCAAGCUCUUACAAUGAUACUAAUUGGAGGGAACGUGGUAAUAACAGCGGCGGUGAUUUCCGACGCAACUACGACCGCGAUGGUGCCAGCGGCGGAGGCGCGACCGGCCGCCGCGACUACCAACAGCGAGAAUCUGGUAACAAAAAAGUUAUUUACGUUCCAUCUAAUAAAGUUGGCCGUAUUAUAGGCAAAGGAGGAGUCAAAAUCAAAGAUUUGCAAUAUGAAUCUGAUGCCAGGAUAAAAAUCGGAGAUUCUAGCGGCAAUGAAGCCGACAUCACUCUGUCGGGAACUGAUGAAGCUAUCUCAAAAGCAGAAGAAUUGAUUAAUAAUUUAAUUGAGGAUUUUAGACCCCCUCAAGAAAAAGAAUCUCACAAUACUAGUGACAGCAGUGGACAUACCUCCGAGUUUUUUAAAACCUCUGAAGACGGAGUUCAGGUAAUUGAUUGGGAAAAGCUUAAUGCAUACCAUAAUGAACACCAACAAAGCAGAUAUGAAAAGCUACCUCCUAUUAUUAAGAAUUUUUACAAAGAAGAUCCAGUUGUAGCAGCUAUGACAGCAGCCGAGGUGACACGCUGGAGACUCGCUAACUUUGACAUUCAAGUAAAGCGAACAUUUGAUGACAAACCAGGUCUGCGCCCAAUACCCAACCCAGUGCUCACUUUUGAACAAGCAUUUCAGGAGUAUCCUGAAAUUUUGGAGGAAAUAUACAAGCAAGACUUUAAAACACCAUCACCCAUACAAAGUCAAGCUUGGCCCAUUCUACUUAGAGGUGAGGAUAUGAUUGGUAUAGCUCAAACAGGUACAGGAAAAACUUUGGCAUUCCUUCUACCAGCACUCAUACAUAUAGACGGUCAGACCAUCCCAAGAGAGGAAAGGGAAGGCCCAACUGUACUUAUCAUGGCACCCACUCGAGAACUUGCAUUACAGAUAGACAAAGAAGUCUCUAAGUACCAAUACAAAGGUAUCAAGUCAGUUUGUCUUUAUGGAGGAGGAGACCGCAAGGAGCAAAUAAAAGUUGUGGCUAAAGGUGUAGACAUUGUUAUAGCAACUCCAGGCAGACUUAAUGAUUUGGUAAUGGCUCGCCACUUGAAUAUCAUCAAUUUCUCUUACAUUGUUCUGGAUGAGGCUGAUAGGAUGUUAGACAUGGGCUUUGAACCACAGAUCAGGAAGUCGUUAUUUGAUGUGAGGCCUGAUCGACAGACAGUGAUGACUUCAGCUACAUGGCCCCCAGGUGUUCGUCGUCUAGCUGAGUCAUACAUGAAGGAUCCCAUACAAGUUAAUGUUGGCUCAUUAGAUCUUGCUGCAGUGCACACUGUCACACAGAAAAUAAUGUUUGUUGAAGAAUCUGAGAAGGAGGAGGCACUGUUUGAAUUUCUAAGAAAUAUGGACCCAACAGAUAAAGUUAUCAUUUUUUGUGGCAAGAAAGCUACUGCAACACACAUUACCACCGAAUUAGCCCUAAAAGGCAUAGAGUGCCAAUCUUUGCAUGGAGAUAGAGAUCAGAUAGACCGUGAGGCAGCUUUAAAUGAAAUGGUGGAUGGCACUGUCAAUAUUUUGGUUGCAACUGAUGUAGCAUCUAGAGGUAUUGACAUAAAAGAUCUUACACAUGUUAUUAAUUUAGAUUUUCCACGGCACAUCGAAGAGUAUGUACACAGAGUAGGUAGGACAGGGCGUGCAGGAAAAACAGGCAUAUCUCUAACAUUUAUAGCAAGAGGUGAUUGGGGAAAUGCUAGGGAACUUAUAAAAAUCCUGGAGGAAGCAAAUCAAGAAGUUCCUGAAGAACUGGAGCAAAUGGCUUCUAGAUUCGAAGCCAUGAAAAUACGUCGAGACAAGGAGAGAGGAGAAGGUCAAGGUCGAGGCCGCGGAGGACGAGGUGGUGGAUACGGCGGCGGUGGAGGAUACGGCGGCGGCGGGAGUCGCGGGAGGAGAGAUCGCUGGUAAUUUGGUGACGACAUCCUAGAUAAGUUGCCAAAACUGAAACAACAUAAGAAGGCAUAAAAAAAACGGGAUUAAUUUGCAGAUGUAUACAGAUGUUCCGAAACUCAACGCUAACCUGGUUCUAGGACAGAGGCUGAAACAUAUUUUUUCGCCCUAUUCCAGGUCAUUGCUGAGUUUCGGGAUUUAUUAUAGGUAUUUCCUCAUCAAGUAAAAUGUUAAGCAAAUCGAAGAUGGCAUGAUUUGAGAUGUGGCCUAUUUAUUUAACAGUAUUACGUUACGUGAUUUUGUAGUUUGUGGCUAUCAGAACUGUAUGUCAAAAUUCAUGUUUUAGUGGAAAUAGUAGAUGUAAUAAUUAGUUUACACAAUAAUGUUAUCCUAUACGUAAGUUAUAAUAUAACUCUUUUAAUGCAGUUCGGGAUUCCUCUUGAAUCGUGUUGUUUCAGUAAACAGGUGAAUCUGAACCGACUAAGUUUUUUCGUUAUUACUUGUACUUUUUUAAUAAUAUUAUGUGAAUUGUCUUUGUACGAAGUGCAAGACACGGGUUACUUAAGUUAAGAAAAGUAAAACUUAAUUGUUUAAAAAUAUUUAAAACUAGUAUUAAGUUUGACUUUCAUGCUGUGAUAGAAAGUGAAAAGUAUAUAUUCACGGUCUAUAGUAAAUGUCGUAGUUUGUACUAGGUACUUUUCCUUAUAAAAGCUAAUUCUAGCAAAAGGUGUCGUAUUUAUGGUGUAAUUAUACAUAAUAAUGUAGAACUACUGUUUUACAACUAUUUGAUGUUAACGAUAUGUUAGAUAUAUGUCGUCAAUGUCUAUUUUGCCAUUUCUUAUUACAAGGUUUAUGUGAUCAAAA